AUGCCUACACGCUUGCGUGAGAGAACGACUACGCCCACGCCUCGACCAGCCAGCGUGAGAGUGAGCGCGCUUCACUCGGCUGACGGAAGUUUAGCCGUUUGUUUGCUCACUGCAUUUCGGUGCGGAGAAUUUCUGCCACCGAGGAAGAAAGUUGCAGAAAUACGAGCCAAAAAGAUCAUAGUGGAGGAAGAGGAGGAUGAGGAAGAGGAGGAGGAAGAAGAGGAGGAGGGCGAUGAGGAAGAAGAGAAUGAGGAGGAGGGUCUGGAAGAGGAUAAGGAAGAGGAAGAGGGAGAGGAGGAAUCUGCUGAGGAUGCAGAAGAUGUGGAGGAGGACGAGGAAGAAGAGGACCAGGAGGAGGGUCUGGAAGAGGAGGAAUCUGCUGAGGUUGCUGAAGAAAAGGAAGAUGAAGAAGAGGAGGAAAAAGAGGCAACAGCAGACUUUGUAAAAGCAAAGGAAGAUGAGGAGGAAGAAGAAGAGGCUGCGGCUCCAGAAGAACCUGUUGCAUUUGAUGCUGAUGAGAAGGUUUCUACGACAACUGCUGAUGCUGAUGAAUCAAUAGACACUGAUGACGAAGAUAAGGAAGAUGAAGAAAGCAAAGAAGAAGAUGGCACUAAAGAAGACGACGAUGACGAAACACCUAUUGAAGCUGAUGUUUCAGCCCCUAAAGAUGUCAAAGAAGUAGUUACAGAAGCAUUAGCAGCUGGGGAAGAAGAUGAAGAUGACGAAGACGAAGACAAAGAAGACACAGAUGUUCAGGACAAAUUAGACACAGAAGAAAAAGUAGACAAGCUUGAUGAUGGACAACCAAAAGAGCAAGAGUUUACAGACCAGGCUCCUAUUACAGACGAUGAAGACACUGACCAAACAGAUGACCAAACUGAGGAUAAAGAGUUUGAUGCCGUUGACAGUGAUGAUAUCGGUAUUGUGCUCGAUGCUGAUGCUAUAGUCACUGAUGUUGAAGCACAAGAAACCGGUGAGGAAUCUAUAGAUCUUAAAGCUGAUGGAGGUAAAGCAAUACUAACAAACGUAGAUGUGGUAGAUGCUAUAGCUGACUCACAAGAUGCUGCUGAUAUAACUGCCGAUCACCAUGACGAUAAGAUACCAGCUGACGUUGACCGUGGCAAAGCUGACUCUGAUGAUCAGGGUGACGACGGUGCAGAAGUCGGUCUCACAGAUGAGACUGAUGUUGAACCAAAAGAUGAUGAUGAUGAACUAGCUGGUGAUGAUGCAGAUAAGAAAGAGCAGGAGGAGUUAAAAGUGGAAGGAGAAAUAGAAAUAGAUAGGGAGGACGAUGAUGAUGAUGGCAUUAUGGUAACAGCGCCUGUAGUUAGUUCCAAACCAGAUGAAGAUGAGACAUCAGUGGUGGCCGAUGAAGAUGACGACUAUUCGCCUGAGACAGAUUUAAAAACGGAAAAGGAAGAGGAAACUGUAGAAAGAGAAGAGGGUGCCAAGGAAGAGGACAAAGAAAAAGCACCUGAACCGGAACUGGCCCCUAAAGCGGUAGAUGAGGAACUGAAGCCAGAAGAGGAGGCUGAGAGACCUGUGAAAACAACAGAAGACAAGGAAGAAGAACAAAAAGAGCCCUUCGUCUGUCCUUGUAUGCAUUCGGAAAUACGACAACAGCCACAAAAAGCCACAGACAUUAAAUCAAAGGAAGAAAAAGCUGAACCUCAGAAAGUGAAGAAAAGAGAACCUGAGGUCAAGAGAAGGGAGCCUUUGCUGAAACAGAGAAAAGAAAAAGAAUCUCCAGUCAGAACAAGACUCGAGAAAGCAAGGAAAGCACCAAGAGCGAAGACAAUGGCUGUAAAGAUACCCAGAAAAAAAGUAACUGCGCCCAGAGUCUCAAAGGAUGUAGACAUGUCGGCCGCACCUGUGCCCAUGCAAGACCCAGUUCCCAUGUGCCGACCAACACCUGUGUACUGUCCAGCGCCCCCUGGCUGGUAUGUGCAUCAUAUAGUUACAAGUAGUCCAUUACCACCAUCGGCUCUUCCAGAAUCCGAAGUUCCUGUUUUGACAAUCCAUCAAGCUCCUACUAUAUUGAAAGAACCUGAAGCUGCAAAGACAAAGCCUAAAGAAACAAAAAAGAAAGAACCGGCUGCACCAAAAGAAAAAGCCAAAAUAAGUCCUGCAAAGAAGGAGACCACGGUUACCAAAGACAAAGUAAAACCUUCACCUGAGCCAACAGCUGGACAACAGAAGGCUAAAAGGACAGAGAAGGUGAUCAUUAGAGAAAAAACAAAACCUACACCUGUGAAGAAAGAGCCAGCAGCAACAAAAACAAAGGCAACAAAAGUAACAACAACCAAACAAAAGGAAGAGAGAGCUGUGAAGGAAGUAAAGCCGGCUGUAGAGGUCAAGAAGAAGGCCGAGUCAAUACCCAAAACCAAGCAAGCCAUUAAAACACCAGUUGUGGAAACACCUGUACCAGCUGAAGAGAAAACCACUGAAGAAACCCAAGCCGAGGAACAGACUCCAGCAAAAGAUCCAAAAGCUGAAGAAAAUGUAACAGAAGGUAAAAAGCCAGGCAAGAUUCCGUACUUCCAGUGUGUUUUAAUGAGUUCAAAAUCCAGCCAAUAUCCACUGCGGCCCAUGUCCUCCGCCAUGAGUCCAGCGAUUAAUCCCAGUGUGAUGAGAGCCAUGAUGGAGCAGAGGGCAGCGUUACUGCAGCAGAAGGCCCGCGGAGCCGGACAGUAACCGGACCCUGCGUCCAUGGGUUCUGUUCAGCCGUGCCAGGUGCAACCUGCUAAUAAACUGCUGUACAAACAAAGUGCUGCUGAGAGCUUUCCAUCUGAAUCACAGAGAGUUUAGACUUUAAUUGUUAGAGGUCCAUCCGGUCUUCAUCUGUCUGUGACUGGAGGUCUCUAUAAUCAUUCAAUCGAAAUUCUCACUUCUUUAUUAAGUGGCUUAUCACGGUUUCAUGAUUUUGACAAAUAUGCAUCAAGGAAAAUGCAAGUAUAUCAACUAUAAUGUACAUUUUCAAUUAUUGUCACAAAUGUCUGUCAGAUUUUGUUGUUUAUUUAUUUGAGAUCUUAAAUCAUCUGUUUACAUUUGUUGCAGGGAAGAAUCUGCUGUUUUUCUUAUUGUACAGUAAGAGCACUAAGCAGCGAACACAUUUCGAACAGGUUAAAAAAUGAAGUGUUUAUUUAUUUUUCUAUGACAGUACAUGAUGUCUUUAGGAAAAAAGAAAUCUAGCAACACACAAUCACUAAGAGCUUUAUCUCUUGGCGUAGGCCAUUUCCUUUGACUCAUUGAUAAUACGAUUAUGUGUAGUAUGUCUGAGUUCUGUCAGUGUCUGCAUUUGUAUGCAAGGACGGCAUUUAGACCGAUCCCGAAUUCUGUUUAUAGAAUUAAUGGAGACAUUACAGGAAUACUUUGAACCCAAAAUUGAAAAUCUGUCAUCAUUUACUCGCCCUCAAGUUGUUCCAAAUAUGUAAACAUUUCUUUGUUCUGAUUAACACAGACGUUUUUUCAGAAAAACGUUAGCAACUGACAUUUCUGGGACAUCAUUGACUACCAUUAUAGGAAAAAUUAUAGUAUAUUUUUUUGUUAUUUUUUUAAAGAAUCUAAAGCAAAUAGUUCUAGGGUACCUUUAAUUGUAUUUUUUUCCUGAGCAAAUGAUGAAAGAAUUUUCAUUUUUGGGUGAAGUACCCCUUUGAGAAAUUAUUGCAUACAUCAUCGGAAGAAUGAAUACCUAUCAUUUUACUUGACUGAGAGCUCUGCAUCUCUUUAAUUAAAUAACUGGGGCUUCAUUUAUUUGAAAUGUUUGUGAAUUUAAUGGUAAAAUUGUUUUCAAAGCAAUCACGGUAUAUUUGUCUUAUGCAGUAUAAAUGUCCAAAAUUCUAAUAUUUUCCCAAUUAUCCACAAAGCCAUCUUAUAAUGUAAGGCUCUACUAUAAACAGUAGUUUAAUAUUUGAUUUCACUAUGACCAACAGUGCUUUUGAAGAUGGUUAUCUAUGUUACCGUUUUCUAUAUUCUCAGAUGCAAAAGUAACACGCGUACAGUCUUGUGUUUAUGCUACAUUUUGCUCUGUUAUGCAAAUAUGACAAAUGACAAAAAAAGUACAUUUUCUCUACCAGUUUAAGUCUAACUGCAAUCAAUAGACUAAAAUUUGACGUUGAAUGUAUUCUCGUCAUCCACUUCAGUGGACAAAAUAACAGGAAUGAGUGAACAGACAGCCGUUUACAGUGCUGCUGUACAUGUGGUCGUAGAAAGACUAACGUGUUUGCACCAGAGGCUGUUUCUCUUUAAACCGGGACACAGUGAGACAGUUAAAUCUUUCUGACUUUGAGCAGGGAAGUAGGCCACAGAAAUAUUUUCUCUUUGAAGUUACAGUAUAUGCAGCAUGCAGAGAGAAUGACUUCUGUUACGCUGGCUAUUCCUAUACUGACGAACAACAUGACGACGCUUCAAAAAGACAUAUUGUCUAACAAUGUCUUUAUCUUAUAAUUAAUACGGUCUUACAGUAUUGAGAGACAGCUUACAGUAUGUUUACACAGAAGAUCUUAGCUUGUUUAAGUGCAAAGUUUGCUAUUAAAAGUAGAGCUCCACCGAUUUACAAAGUCCACAUGUAUAAUGCUAAAACGUUAUUUUCGGAGGUUGUACACUUGAAUUAUUUUCUGUUUCUACAGUUUUGAAUGUGAUUGGUAUUUGCAUGACCCCCUUGGUAUGUUAGUAUGUGACAUCUCGGGUUUCUGAUGUGCUCACUGAUCUUUUUGAAUUUGAUUCGCAGUUUGAGGCAUCUGUGUUCCAAGUGUCAAAUUCUGCCAAUUGUUCUAAUGUAUGUUGAAUAAGAGCUGUCAGUUAAACCAGUCAAAUCUGUCAUUAUUUCUUCCACUCACGUCUUGUUGGAUUUAUCUGGAAGUGGGCAGAAUUCUGGUACAAUAAAUGAAUUGCUUUAUGCAAAUGUUUCUAAAGGUUUUUUCAUGCAAAAAAUCUGUACAGGCAAGCAGUGUGUCUGGAUUAAUGUGCUGAAGUAAUUAUAAAUCAAAUAAAAAGCGUACAAAUCUCC